AAAAGGAAAGACGACAAAUCCGACAGAUGUCGGGCUUCAGAUCGUCGCUCGCCUUAUCCGCCAGAGCUACAAACACCGACCAACAGUUACAGUCGCGUCGGAUCGGAUCUCUGCCGGUAAGCCAAACUGCGGGUUGAUGCUCCACUGCUUCGCGAUCGUCGCCGCUGCUGCUCUAUUGGGUGGUUACCGCUCAGCGCCGACAUGACGCUACGAACGCUGCCGUGGUUAUUCUGCUCUUAUGAGCAUUGACGACGUUCGCUUCUGCUGGUGCCUUCUGCUACUACUGCCGCUGCUAGCGACGCUGUCGGAAUCAUCGCGGCGGCCGACGCCAACGCUGCCAUUGCUGUGUUUAAUGGCGGCUGCUUCAGCUACUGCUGUCGUCGUUCUAACGUUUUCGGUUCGCCCAGUCUGUCUGGCCGUUGUCAGUUGGCGACUUGCCAUUGCCGAAGCAGUGUGUCGCCUUCCGCUGUGCGAUCGAGUUUAGGAUAGUGUUGUGCAGUGGGCAGAAUAGGGUGGUUACUGAUGUGUGUAUGGCAGUUGCGCUGGGUGCAACAUAUUUGUCGUUAGUUUCUGUGAAGCUAUUGGCCAAAAAAGGUACGAAAAAAUAAAGAACUGUGUAUCAAAUAUAUACCUGACCGUGUGUCCUCUAGAAAUAGACAGCCGAAGAACGAGGCCAGAAAGUGUUCCGUGGAUUAAGGGUUGCCUCAAAAGGCCGAAAAUUCGCAGAGCGGAAUCGAUCGGAGUAAACAGAGAAACUAGUGAACGAAUUCAGCGAAAGAUUCGACAAAGGGCGUCUGUAGCGGCGUGCAUAUAUACAGACGUAACAAUAUCAGUACAACCCUGAGUUUUAGGGCGAUUUCUGCUUAUAACUCGCGGUGACUGGGUUUAUAUUGCCCAAAUUGCAUGUAAACAAAUGACAAGCGGGUGACAGGUCCAAGUUAUGCCACAGUACAGAUUCAGGCUAUCUCAUAGAAAGCGAGCUGCUCAAUUGAAGGAAUUUGAUCAUGCUAUAAUAAUUUAAGAGUACACUCACAGAUACUUGCCAAUGCUAUUAAAAAACAACAUUGUCAAGCGGCAGCUAGAGCUUGAGAAGCGCGGCCGCAAGCAGUAUAGCGUCAAGACGUUGUUUGUCGAAACGAAGCACGAAAUACCAGUUAACGUUAACGAAACAUUUUCGUUUUUAUCUUAAACGACAACGCUUCUCAAGCGGCAAAACUGGCGGAGGCGGACAGCUACAUCUGCCGGUGAUGUACAACCGAAUGGAGGGGAGCCUAGUAUUUCGGCCACUGUAACUCGAUCGUAUUGACCGGCAGUAAGACGUUGAAACGUCAACAAUAACAGCAACGAAAACAACGACGGCAUCAACGAGUGCUUCAUCAACGACUAUUUGUCGCCGCAAUACUGGUCGGGGUUAGGAGUGGUCACUUGGGAUAGACUUCGAAAAAGUGAUUUAUGCUGUUGCUACUACUCGAAAUAUUACGCCUUUAGGACUUCGUGACAUAACCGAAUGGGGUUGCGUUGUGACGCCCGUAGGAGGACAAGCCAAAAAAGUGAAAAGGAAAAAAAACGGUGUUAGUGAAACUUGCGGAAUCGAUUGAGCAUCGAACGGUCAACGAAGUUCUCAGGGAGUGUGAUACCAAGAAGAAGAUACAGAACCUUUAUUUACCCACUACCCAGUUGUACAGCGUCGAUCGGCCCUGACAUCCUCAUUACCAUUCCUUUCUUUAACCUUGUCCGCUGUUCAGUUAGAAGUGGAAGCUGAGGAAUGUCGAGUCUGACGAGCGCCCCUCGAGGCCCCGCGGCCACCUCGGCUGGAGGUGUUCCUAACUACCUCAGUUCUACCUUGUCAACGGUGUCGUCUUGCGCCUCGAUGUCGCCAAUUUCCCACGUUUCAACACACACACCAUUAUCGCCACGAGCCCUCCAGGCGCUCCUCGAAGGUGACGAUGAGGCGUUUGAAGACGCUGUUGUUGCAAUGGAUGUUCCAUCGCUCCUCGAGCUUGUUCACGCUCUACAGAACUCGAUAGCAGUGGAACAAAGAUACUUUGACGCGCUCAGUUUGAAACUGGAAUCUGUCGCUCCGGCAACACUCGAAUACGAAAAACUUUCGACAGCUUUAUGCGCAUCGCAACUACAGCUGGCCAAACUGUGUACCCGCAACAUGCGAUGCUUCACUCAGCAAGCGGUUCGAGCUCGAGAAGACCCCGCUAGCCUUGUGACGACCACUUCGACGAGCAGUGAUCCGACCCUGACCCCAUCUGGCGGUAGUGGAAGUUGUGGCACAACUUACCUCAAAGCGUCAACGUCGCCUGUAUUCGAUUAUGACGAUAGUCUUAUGCAUGACUUCAAUGCUGUUGAAAGACUCACACAAGAUCAGGUUCACAACCUUCUUGCCGCGAGCGGCUUUGAUAAUGUGGACGUUCAGCUCCGUCAAAUGCUGGGCGACUCUGACUCUGUUACUUCGGAUAAUGGAAACCAUGAAGCGCUAAAUCUGCAGCAGCUCGAGCUGUUGUGUGCGGCAAGUCCGGAAAGCGGCGCAGGCCCCGACGAACACGACUACGACUCAGUCGACGACGCAGACCACUAUGAUUACUAUAUCGGCGAUCCGAUUAAGGAACUAGAGGUAAUUCCCGAGGAGGACCUGGAAGAACAAUAUUAUGAAGAACCCCAGCGGAGAAAAAUUCAGCCCCUUCGUACCUCGUCCAUACAUCAUCCACACCUCCCUAUGAGAACCCCUUCUCCCCGGUUAGGCUCGCCAAGGCACGUAGAGUCCGACUCUAAUUCGGAGAGUUCCGAGACGAACUCAGUUAACACGGUUGUCACUGAGAUCCGCCAACAAUUUUCCCGACAGCAGCAACAAAGUUUACAUAACCUUGACAGCGGUCACAACAAUCCGAAUUUAAGUAGCCACACCGCCGAUCAGCAUCAACGGUUGUUCGAGGAGCGGGCAGAGAAAGUGCGUUCAGCAGUGGAAAAACUCAUUCGAGACCAUCAGCCAAAAAUAUCGCAUUCCACAAACCUGCUCAACCUUAUCAAGAACUUCGAAAAUAUCGCCAAGAAUAACGAGAAGGUUUUGGAAAAGAUUCGUCACCGAUCGGCGCCACCGCGACGUAAAAUUGUGUCGUCUACGUCCUACAUCAGCCAAGAAGCCGAACACGAACAGGAACGUUCACCAGCUGUAACUCUUCUAAAUCCUGUUACGGUAUCAAUGUUAAGUCAACAGUCGCACCUGCUAGAUCACUCGUCGCCUACACUUAAACCGUUUAAUCUAACCUCGCCACGAAAAAGUGCAGCUUCUUUUGCUAGAGAGAGCAUUUUAGAACAGAGCUUGGAAGAAGUGAUGAAGCCGCUGACAGUACAGCGGCUGGAGCUGCCUUCAAGUGACAAGCUACAUGAGUCUGCAAACAAAAGCCCGUCCGAGAAGUCUCUCAAGAUGAAAGAAACUCGACUAACAACCCGACAAGGUUUUAGUGCCACCCUCAAAGAUCAGUUAGAAAGGGUGACGCUUGGCAGAUUUGGUCAGUGUCAAAUGGAUAAUAUUAACCGCCUUGAGGAGCGACUUAAUGGAACUCUAAAGUCCAUCGUAAACGGCGACGAUACGGUGGUUGGAGCUCAGGCUCUUGUUGAUAAUUCCAAUGAUCCUCUUGAUUCACUGGCAAACUCAAAGAUCAAAUCUCUCAGUUCGACGAAUCUUUGUGGCAGUGAGGCACUGAUACCUCUUCUCAAGGACAUGUACACCUUGCAGGAUAUAGCAGAGCGGCCAAGUCCCCCUGAGAUGAAAGGCUAUGCGCAUAUUGUGCUUAAUUCCAAAUUUCGCGAAAAAUUUCUACACCUCAAAGAUGGGCGUAUCCACGUGUUCGAGGGAGAGUUUACUCAACGACCGCUACAAAAGGUGGACCUCACCGGAAAAUGUAUUCUACAACUUCUCGACGAUCGGAGUAUCGGCCUCGACUUCUCGUCGUCGGCGAGUCCCGUGAGUGCAACGGUACUUCAGUUGAGCUCAACAAAAGAGCGAGAUGAAUGGUAUCGCCAUUUGAUGGCUCAUGCUGACAUCUCGCUUAACUUUGUUGUUCCCUCAAGCCGGCCGUUGAGCAGUCACAAAAGAUGUCUUGUACUUGACCUUGGAUCCUGCUCCGUUCGCGCCGGCAUUCUCAUGGACCAGGCAACAUUACCGCAGGUAUACUUCCCAUCCUUUUUGGCCAUUGACAAGACGUCAAAAAGGGCGUAUUUUGGAGAGGAUGCGCUCAACGAAAACAUUCGUAAGAACUGCCGCCUCAUCUUUCCUCUGGCCUCCGUGGACAAGGUGACAAAGCUGACUAUGGACACAACCUAUUUGACACACCUUGUCAACAAAGUUCUUAAGGAUCUUCGUCUCAGUCAGGCAGAGCUGACAGAAUACAAUGUUCAGGUCAUCCUUCCACAGACAUAUAGUCUAUCGACGCAAGCAGCAAUUGCUAAGUUCUUCUUGGAGGAUCUGGGUGUCAAAGGUUUGAAUAUUACACAUCAAGCUAUUUGUGCGCUCUACGCAUACAAUACGACAUCAGGGAUCGUAGUGGAUAUUGGCAACCGUCUUGACAUCUUGCCAAUCGCUGACGGCUACGUAGUUGACUCCGGUGUUUCCCGGCUACUCAAUGGAGACCAAAAAAUUAUUCAAAACCUCGCGCAUGAACUAGCCCAGAAAAGGGUGUCUUUGUUUAAUCCAUUGGACGUAUAUAUGUUACGGCACAUAUUUCAAGAACUGUGUUACGUCGCGCCUGACUAUGUCUCCGAAUUACAACAAUUCAAUUCGAAUCCUACUUCCUUUUCAAAAGCUGUCCAACUGUCUGGUUUGACGCUUUUAACAGGGGCGGACCCAGUUAUCGAACUGGACCAAGCGCGUUUUUCGGUAGCAGAAGGUUUAUUCCAGCCUCAGAUGUGGGGCUUGGAUUGCCCAGGCCUCAGCAAACUCAUCGCGAAGGCCAUUAUGCAAAAUUCGAUUGAUAUGCGAAAGCAGAUGGCGCGGAGCAUUUAUCUCAGUGGUGGUCUAACAUUACUGUCGGGCCUGCGGGAGCGUAUAAUCGCUGAUGUUUCUCGCCUGGUGCCUUCGGCCCUGAAAGUGGAAGUCCAUGCUUCACCCUACCGUCUACAUAUGGCCUAUAUUGGAGCGUGCACAAUGGCUUCGACAGGCGCGUUUGACAGACAAUGCAUCACCUACUCGCAAUGGCGAAGCGGUCCAGAUGACUGCUAUAAAUCGUGGCACGUCAGUUAGACAGCGGUCGAUGCGACUUUAGGCCUCCAGCCUGUUCUGCUGCUGGGGACUAGACACAGGAAAAACUUGGAACUUAGCAGAAUUUAGUUUUCGUUACAUGAUGACCUAUCGAGUGACGAAAAUGGCGCCGCUAAAAAUGGCCAUGAAUACGUUCAAUGAUAGCGAACGUCGUUUUUCUUCAACAGCCAGAUACAGUAGAAGGAAAUGCUCUGUAUAUAUGUGCAUAUCGAUAAGCACCAAUACAUAAUGACUAAAGAUGUCUAGAUAGCUAGAGAAUAAUUAACUGCCCCGCAUUAGACUGAACGCCAAUCUUAUUUUGUAAUACAUAAAAACGUGCGCGUGCGCCUGAAUCGUUUAAUAACAUUACUAUAUUGUAUAACAAAAAGAUCACGAUAAGGAUAAACAGGAAGUCACUAUCUACACAAAUAAUUCGAACGUAUUCCAUCUUUGUUUGCUAGCGUGCCCUAAUAUAUUAUCAUAUAAUGUAUGCGGAAAACAACGGAAAACGUUUAGUGGCCAUCCAACCUCCCGUAGACAGGUGUGUUCACGGAAGGUACACAUAUAUAUAUUUGUGAUCCACCACCCUGCGGUCCAUUGCUUGCUUGCAGCACGUUUAACUAGCUUUUGCAACACCCCAAGGCGUGAUUCCGCUUCAUUCCUUUAAAAGAUCGAAAGCCUGGAGGUACAUUAUUGCGGCAGGGACACAUUGUAA